UAGCGCCAGCUCCUCCUGUGUUGUGCAUGAGGUUGGCGGGUUAAUGUCUCUGUUUGCUGGGUGUGUUCUUUUAAAUCCUGCUGCUGAGCUGGUGAAUUAAACAUCACAGCUAAAUAACCCGGCAUCACGCGGAGUCUUCUCAGUCGGAUCCGGUAGCAGCUCAGCGCAGUCAUGCCGUCCGGCGCUGGACCCAGCAGCCCCGCCGCUGCGCUCGCCGAGGCGCUGGAGAACUCCUCCCGGCUGAUCGAUAGACACCUGCAGGAGGACCGCUGCUUCCCGGACCUGUCGGAGCUGCUAAGCGUCCCCUCACACAAUAUGCCCUCGCUCUCCGGAGUGUCCGACAUGGACUACCCUCUUCAAGGACCGGGUUUAGUGACUGUGCCCAACCUCCCGGAGCUCAGCGCAGUCCGCCGGAUCCCUCUGCCGCCCGAGCUGGUGGAGCAGUUCAGCCAUAUGCAAUGCAACUGCAUGAUGGGAGUAUUUCCGGAAAUUUGUAGAGCGUGGCUUACUAUUGACAAUGAUAUCUUCAUGUGGAACUAUGAGGAUGGAGGAGACGUGGCCUACUUUGAUGGCCUUAUUGAAACGAUUCUCGCUGUGGGUCUUGUAAAACCAAAACAAGGGAUUUUGCAGCCACACAUUCACUACCUCCUGGUAUUGGCCACUUCUGUGGAUGUAGUAAUCCUCGGGCUGAGUUUCCCAAAGGGCCAAGCUGGUUUGAACGACAGCAUGGCUGGUGGGAUGCAGCUGCUCCCAGACCCCCUCUUCUCCAUCCCCACAGACAACACCUACAUCCUCUCCAUCACCUCCACGGACCUGGGACGUAUAUUUAUGGCAGGAAAGGACGGGUGUCUGUAUGAGAUAGCUUACCAGGCCGAGGCCGGCUGGCUCAGCCAGCGCUGCAGAAAAAUCAACCACUCCAAAAGCUCUCUGUCCUUCCUCGUCCCCUCUCUGCUCCAGUUCUCAUUCUCUGAAGAUGACCCCAUUGUGCAGAUUGCUAUCGACAACUCCCGGAACACAUUAUUCACACGGUCUGAGAAAGGUGUCCUGCAGGUGUACGACCUGGGUGCCGACGGGCAGGGGAUGUGUCGUGUGGCCACCUUGUCCCAAAACUCCAUUGUUGGAGCUGCUGGAAACAUAGCCAGGACAAUUGAUCGCUCUGUCUUCAAACCCAUUGUCCAGAUCUCUGUGAUUGAUAGAUCUGAAUCCUCAGACUGUCACUUGCUCGCUGUCACUCAUGCAGGUGUGCGCCUUUACUUCAGCACCGCACCGUUUGCCCAUCCUCUCCAGAAGCAUGUGGCGGAUCGACCGAGCCUGCUAGCUUUGGUCCACGUCCGUCUGCCGCCGGGGUUUUCUGCAUCUUCUACUCUGCAGAAACCUGCAAAGGUUCAUAAGGCCCUACACAGCAAAGGGGUUCUGCUAAUGGCUGCUUCUGAGUCAGAGGACAAUGACGUGCUGUGGUGCAUCAAUCAUGACUCCUUUCCCUUCAAGAAACCCUUGAUGGAGACUCAGAUGAUGUCUAACGUUGAUGGCCACUCCUGGGCUCUUUGUGCCCUUAACGAGGAGAAGCCAACCAAGAUAUUCACUCCUCUGAACAAGGAUCAGAUCCCCAUCACUGAUUCACCGGUGGUGGUCCAGCAGCACAAUAUCCCCCCGCAGAAGUUUGUCCUCCUCUCUGCAAAGGGGAGUCAUAUCUUCCAAAAACUGCGGCCGGUAGAUCAGCUCCGUCAUCUGCUGGUGGGCUGCGCUGGAGGAGAAAGUGACGAGAUCGAACGUUUCUUCAAGCUGCACAGGGAGGAACAGGCUUGUGCCACAGCACUGAUCCUGGCUUGUUCCAUUUCUGCGUGUGACAGAGAGGUUUCACAAUGGGCCACCAGAUCUUUCUUUAGAUAUGGAGGAGAAGCCCAGAUGAGAUUCCCAGCACCCAUGACGUCUCCCAGCACUGUUGGACCCGUGAUGAGUUCUCCAGCUCCUGGAAUCAUUCCUCCACCUCUGGCCACACCUUUCGGACCGAUGCACUCUGCCCCGAUCACACCCAUGUCAGCUGUCCCAGAGGCGAUUUUCUCAGGGAAGCACAACGGCAUCUGCAUCUAUUUUGCUCGCAUUCUUGGAAACAUUUGGGACGGGAGCCUUGCUUAUGAGAAACCCGUGAGCAAAGGAACCCAGACUGUCAAUAUUUUGGAAAGCAGCGUUGGACCGUUCGAUCUGGAGUCGGUCCUGCUGGAGCUCUGUGGUUUACGGGAGUUUCUUGAUAAAAACUCUCAGUUCAGUCCGUCAUCGCUCAAUGCUGCAAGUUUUAGUUCCCCUGCCAACCUGCAGCAAAGGCUGCUGGGAUUUAUGCGUCCUGAUGGAGCCAGCACUCAGCAGGUCCAGCAGGAGCUGCAGAGGAAAUAUCACACAAAGGCACAGGUUUAUGAGAAAGUGUCCCUGCAGAGCAUUCAGCAGUUAGUGCAUCGCUCCUAUCAGACUCUGGCCCUCUGGAAACUUCUCUGUGAUCAUCAGUUCAGCCUCAUUAUGUCUGAGCUGCCAAAGGAGUUUCAAGAGCAGAUGAAGGGAGCAAGUUUUAAGGACAUAGUGAUCCGGGGCAAAGAGUUGUCUGGAGCGCUCGUCACAGCUCUCAUUAAUGUCUACAUCAAAGAUAAUGCCCCUGUGGAUGCCAUCAGCACUCACCUGCGGGACAUCUGUCCCCUGCUGUACAGCAGCGAUGACAGCGUUUGCUCCAAGGCUAAUGAGUUGCUGCAGAGCUCCAAACAGGUCCAGCACAAAGUGGAAAAAGAGAGAACACUGAGAGAGUCCCUGCGUCUCUAUCAGCAAAUCAGCCAACACACAGACCUUCCGCUUGUCUGCUCCCAGUACAGACACGUGCGUUUCUAUGAGGGAGUCCUUGAGUUGUGCCUCACAGCAGCAGACAAGAAGGAUCCACAGAGAUUGGGACCCCACUUCUACAAGAACGGAGAGCCGGAGGACGACAGAGUGGGACAACAGGCCUUCCAGGAGAGACUUGGCUGUUAUAAGUGCAUCACAGACACAAUGCAGGAGCUGGUGAACCAGAGCAAAGCUGCCCCUCAGUCCCCCAGUGUACCGAAGCAGCCCGGGCCACCGGUCAUGACCUCUGACCCCAACAUGCUCAGCAAUGAAGAAGCCACAGCUCAUUUUGAGCAGAUGCUCGGUCUUGCCCAAAGGUCCCAGGACGAGCUGUUUCACAUCGCUCUGUACAACUGGCUGAUUCAGGCCGACCUGACUGACAAGCUGCUCGAGGUAGUGAACUCUCCAUACCUGGAGGAACACCUAAUGCAUAUGAUCAAACAGGACCAGAAUAAAGUGCACAACAUGGACCUGCUAUGGCGCUACUACGAGAAGAACCGAAACUUCAGCAAGGCAGCUAAUGUGUUGUCCCGUCUCGCUGACAUGCUCAGCACUGAGAUCUCUCUAAAGCAGCGUCUGGAGUACAUCGCCCGAGCCAUUCUGUCGGCCAAGAGUUCCUCCUGCAUCUCAGCUCAGGCCUCCGAUGGAGAGUUCCUUCACGGGCUGGAAGAAAAGAUGGAGCUGGUGCGUAUCCAAGUCCAAAUUCAGGAUACCUUGAUCAGACAGUACUCCCAUCAUCCCUUAGUGAAAAAUGUCAUCUCUCAGUUGGACUCAGAGCUCAUGGACAUCACAAAGCUUUACGGGGAGUUUGCUGACCAUUUCAAAUUAUCUGAGUGCAAACUGGCCAUCAUUCACUGCGCGGGACACUCUGAUCCCAUCCUGGUCACAUCACUAUGGCAGGAGAUCAUGGACAAAGAGCUGGGAGACACCCUGGCCAUGAGUCCAGCCGACAGGAUGAGGUCUCUUAGUUUGAAACUGGUUUCACUGGGAAAGAUUUAUGCUGGAACACCAAGAUAUUUUCCUCUGGACUUCCUGGUUAAGUUCCUGGAGCAGGAGGUGUGUCGAUUUCACUGGGACGUGGGAUUUGUCGCCGCCACCAUGCAGGAGAUUGGAGUCCAGUUACCACGUCUUUUAGAGGUCUACGACCAACUCUUCAAAACACGGGAUCCCUGCUGGCAGCGGCUGAAGAAACCUCUCCACUUGGUCGAGUGCAUCCAUGUGCUGCUCUCGGGAUACGUGGAUGAUCCCAGCAGAGUGCCGACCUAUGACAGACGCCGAUUCACUAACGUGUGCCUGGACAACAUCUGUGGCUACCUGGUGGAGCUGCAGUCGCUGAGCCCCAACUCGCCUCUUCAACAAACCAUCGGCAACUUCAAGUCGCUGCAGGCGAAGCUAGAGAAACUUCACUGACGCUACUAAUAACCUCCUUCAUCAGGACACGGGACAGGUGACCUCUGGAUCUCACACUGUCGGCCUUAAUCUAAACACCUGAUUUAAAAACAAAACAAAAAAGCAAUUGUGAUCACAUCAUCGUCACACAGAACCUGAAGAUGUGUGUAUUCCACUGUGGAGCUUCCUUCAGUCUGAUGUGUUUGUUAAGGGACAGUGGAAGCAGGUGGAGAACUGAGGAGACACAUUUUAUAACUUAUUUAAUGCAUUUUGUUAUACGGCUAAACAUUAGGCUGAAAUUCAAAAAAGGAGAGAGGCUUUGCAUUGUGUGCAAAUAGCUCGGGCAGAUAUUUCAGUUUCCUUUGUUUGUAGAACAAGAAGUAAUCAUUCAGAAUUUUACAGGUUAGUUUUCGUAUAUUGAGAAUGCACUUAAUGGCAAUUUGGGAUAUUUUCAUAUGACUACACAAUAUACCAGAGUAAAGCCUUUUCCCCACAGGGGUAAAAUGUUGUUCUGGGUCAGCCUCCAAACAGUUCUGAAUGUAAUUAUGUACAUAACUCGGCCAUAAUCUUCUGCCAAAGGUCCUUCACCCCCACAUUAUUUCCAAUGUGUAUUAUUUCCAGCGAGCGGUUUGUCUACUUGACUUGAUACAUUUACCAGUGCUGUUGUGUGCGAGUGGUUUUGUAAUGAAUGCAGAACGUUUUUAAACACAGUGCAGUUCACGGUGCCACACUGAAACCUUUUGGUCUGCGUUGAGAAACAAAAUUGAUAAAAACUUUUUUUUAUGAAGAAAUAAAACUUGUAAUGGA